AAACUUCAUUUGCAAUUUGCAGGCAGCAACGUUAAAUCUGAAUCAAAAGGCGUGUCCGUGUUUUCUUUCCACUUGAAGAUCAGUGUGUCUGUGUGAGUGUGAAUAAAUAUAUUUUGAGGCAUCAUGAGCACACUUGUUCGCAACACCACCCUCACCUUCAGCCGCAGAUACAGAUACGAGGUUCUUGGUCUGCAGGGCAACAAAGACAAGAUGCUGAAAUCCAUCAGCUACAGACGCAGAAGGGCCAAGCAAAGGAAAGUCUUUCUCACUACCUACAAGCUUUCUUCCUUGGACAGUAACACUUUUGUCGAGCCUCAAAAGCCUAAGCUAAAGCUCAAGAAGGUUGCCGUUAAGGUCAAGAAGAUUAUGGCCUCGGUUUUGAUGUUCAUGCGAGUUGGUUCUCUCAGGUCCUGCGCUUCUAGGCCUGCUAUUUCUGAUGGACCUUCGCCACUUCCUAAUAGGAAAAACCUUUGAUGAUUUUGAUGAUGAUGAUGAUGAUGAUGAUGUUGUUGGCUCUUACUGGGUUUAGGAUGAUUUAUAAUUUCUCUCUAGGAUUUAAGAAUACAUUUAUGUGGCAGAUGAUGGUGGAUGAUGGAAAAGAGCUUAUCAAAUGUUGUGUAUAUGACGCUUAGUCUAAUGUCUAAUCGAUUACUUUCUCCUCUUUCUGAUAUGCCCUGUUUCUUUUUUCUAUCAGUUUAGCAGUUUCAUGACUCACUAUGUUCAGUGUUACCUUCAUUUGAUUUCA